GGGUUAUCAUGCAGAGUAUAACCUCUCUGUCACUCUGUAACUCCAGGAGUUAUUAGUCAUGGAACUGCUGCUGCCGAUCCUUCUUGGCUUUCUCGCCGCUCUAAUCGGAGGGCUGUAUCUACUCAGGGUAUGUCGACAGCGGCGACCAGGAGAACCCCCUUUGGAUAAGGGGCUUAUCCCUUGGCUUGGUCAUGUUUUAGAGUUUCGCAGGGAUACAUUGAAGUUCAUAGACAGGAUGAGGCAAAAGCACGGAGAUGUGUUCACCAUCCAGCUGGCAGGGUUUUAUGUUACAUUCCUUCAGGACCCUCUGUCGUUUGGGUCUCUCGUUAAGGAGAGUCGAGAAAAACUGGACUUUAACGAGUUUGCAAAACAACUGGUGCUCAGAGUGUUUGGUUAUAAAGCUAUCGAGAAUGACCACCAAAUCCUUCACCUUUCCAGUAACAAGCACUUGAAAGGAGAUGGCCUGGAGGUCAUGACGCAGGCCAUGAUGACUAAUUUGCAGAAUCUGAUGUUGCACAGUAUCGGAUCAGCUGCAGCUCAAACGACCUGGAUGGAAGACGGACUGUUUAUGUACAGCUACAAUAUUGUUUUUCGGGCUGGCUACUUAUCACUGUAUGGCAAUGAACCAUACAAGUCAGAAGAAAGUGAGGAGAAAGCCAAAGAGAAAGACAGAGCUGAAUCCGACGCCUUAUUUUAUGAGUUUCGGAAAUAUGACCAACUCUUUCCUAACCUGGCUUAUGGGGUCCUGCCACCAAAGAAAAGGUUGGAAGCAGGGAGGCUAUUGGAGUAUUUCUGGGAUGCUGUGUCAGUGCAGAGGAUGAAGAACAAGGACAAUAUCAGCCGCUGGGUGUGGGACAUGCAGCAGGCCAAAGAUGAGGCAGGAAUGAAAGAGUCAAUGAUAAACAAGUACAUGUUUGUCCUUCUUUGGGCCUCUCAGGGCAACACAGGGCCUUCUGCAUUUUGGCUGCUUCUUUUCCUCAUGAAACACCCAGAAGCCAUGACAGCAGUGAAGGAAGAGGUGGAUAAGACUGUGAAGGAAUCUGGGCAAGAAGUCAAACGUGGUGGCCCUUUAAUCAAUCUGACACGUGAGAUGCUGAUGAAGACACCAGUCCUGGACAGUGCUGUUGAAGAGACCCUCCGACUCACUGCUGCACCUCUCCUCACCAGAGCAGUGAUCCAGGAUAUGACACUCAAGAUGGCUAAUGGGCGUGAAUUCUUCAUUCGCAAAGGUGACAGAUUAGCAACCUUUCCUUACAGCGCUGUUCAUAUUGACCCAGAGAUCCACCCUGACCCACAUUCAUUCAAAUAUGACCGCUUUCUGAAUCCAGAUGGGAGCAGGAAAACUGAUUUUUACAAAGCAGGGAAGAAGGUGAAGUAUUACAGCAUGCCAUGGGGUGCUGGGGUCUCCAUGUGCCCUGGGCGUUUCUUUGCCACCAAUGAGCUGAAACAGUUUGCUUUCCUGAUGUUGGUCUACUUUGAGUUUGAGCUGAAGAAUCCAGAUGAGAAGAUACCUGAAAUUGACUGCAGGCGAUGGGGCUUUGGAUCGAUGCAACCUGUCAGAGAUGUUCAGUUUCGAUACAGACUCAGAUAUUAAACCAGUCAGUCAUUUUUCUGAAAUCUCAUUUUCGUGUUGAUUUUCUCUGCAAGCUUUCUUUUGAAGGUUUCAACAAUGAAGCAUGUGAAGUACUUUUGGAAAAAGUGGCAAAAGCUGGUUGUUUCUCUGUUAAUAUUUUAAACACUCUUAUGUUAGAUGGUCAACAUGAUGGUAGUUAUCCUUUGUUAUUAAUUUGUUGAAUGCAACUACAUAUCUGUUUAUGUAAUCUUAGUAGCAGAGAAGGUGUCACGUGUCUUAUCUUCUGUCUCAUGACAUGUCACUGAACUGGUUUUUCCAGUUCAAGGUCAGUUUUUAU